AACUGUUAUCAGACGUUUGUGUUGAAAAUACAUUUCAGUUCGCACCAACAGGAACAAUAACAGCACCAAAUUUUCUACUCAGAUUCCAUCCGACAAGGAAAAUAUGCUUUCCUCUCGUGCUGUUCUCCUAGGGAGGCUGCUGCAGCGAUCGCUGAGUUCGCGAAACGCCGUCAGCGGAAUUCGCAAGCAAAUAGUUCGCCACAGUCACGAUGUUUCAUACCGGAUGAAUGGUCCUAAGCCUGAACUGUGGGCUCGCGCUGGUGGCCAAAUCGCUGGCGGAUUGAUGUGGUGGUGGGUCCUUUGGCAUCUGUUCCACGAAUACGAGCACAUUACGGGAGAGUUCGAAUAUCCUGAUCCCACUGCAUGGACGAAUGCUGAAUUAGGGAUUCCACCAGAUAAUUUCGAGGAAUAGAUUUGGGCAGUUUUUCAAAAAGAUUAUCGAUUAGCUGAUGGAAAGAGGUCAAACGCUGCUCGUAAUAUUGAAUUAUGUAAAUAAAUUGAUCGGGGAGAAACUGAGCAUAAUA